AUGCCGCCGAAGUAUACAAUGUCCGACUCCGAGUCUGACGCUGAGGGUGAAGUGCCCAGCGCGCCCUCCGACCAGGUUCUUGAGAGGAGCCUUCGCGACCAAGUGGCUGCAAUCUUCAAGUCGGGGAACAUGGAGGAAUUGACUGUGAAGCGCGUACGACUUGCGGCGGAAGCUACAUUGGGUCUCACAGAGGGGUACUUCAAGUCUACAAGUGAUUGGAAAGCGCGGAGUGAGAAUAUAAUCAAGGACGAGGUGGAAAUACAAGAUCAGGCGAUACAAAAUCCACAAUCAUCUCCUCUUCCAGAGCCUAAGCCUGCUGCUCCUGCGAAGCGAGCAAAAUCCGAGACCGCGCCAAAGUCUAGGAAGCGCCAAAAGACUAAGACGCCAGUUUCCGACGAGGAAGUUGAGCUAUCAGUCCCGUCGGACGACCAGAGUGACGAGAUCACAAAGCCUAAGAGUCGAUCCAAAGCACCGAUGAAGAAGUCCCCAAUGAAGAAGGCCUCCGUACAGAAACCCAAGAAAGAUAUGUCAGACGCUUCUGAUUUAUCCGGUGAUGAGAGUGAUAACGAUGAUGUCACAAAGCCAAAAAAACGAUCGAAAGCGCCAGUGAAGCAAUCGCCAUUGAAGAAGUCGCCAGCGAAGAAGGCAUCUGUACGAAAGGCCCCCACGAACGAAGCAUCAGACACUUCCGAUGUUCCCGAUGAACCGGCUAGAGAUACCAAGGAUGAUUCCGAAAGCGAGAUGUCGGUGGUGCUUGACGAAGAGCCUCAGCCUAAGGCCCCUCGCAAGCGACAGAAAAGUGCUGGGGGAACUGCAACCAAGACGAAGAAAGCCCCCAAAGCCAAGGAUGAGGAUAUCAGCCCUGACCAAGCUGAAAUCAAACGACUGCAAGGAUGGCUCAUCAAAUGCGGAAUCCGUAAGCUGUGGGGCAAAGAGCUGGCGCCGUAUGACACCACCAAGGCCAAAAUCAAGCAUCUCAAGGGGAUGCUGGAGGAUGCUGGAAUGACUGGCCGGCCAUCUCAAGAGAAGGCAAACCAGAUCCGCGAAGAACGGGAGCUGAAAGCGGAUCUAGAGCAGAUCCAGCAAGGCGCAAAGCAAUGGGGUGCCAAGAGUGACGAGGAGGAUGAUGAGGAUUCGAAGCCUCGACGUAGGCCGAAUCGGGGGCGACAGUCGCUUGCGUUCUUAGAGAGUGAGGGCGAAGAGACCGAUUGA